GAAACUGCCUGCAAACCCUGAAGCACUGCACAGCGAUCGGAGCCGGCUAAGAGCGAGGAAGCAUCUGAUGUAGACUAAAGCCAGGGAGAUGCAGCACCCUCCCUUUAAACUCAGGAUCUGUCCUUCUGCGCACACCGCUGUGCAUCGCUGGGAUCCUUGAACAAAGCAAAGAAUCUGGUCUGCUGAUGUUUCUGGGGGAUUUGGGAAAGAAAGAAAAAACUUUGGCAGAGAGAAAUUCUGCCUUCCAGAACUGCAGGAGAGAGAGGAGGAGGAAUGAUUCAAAGUCCAAAGAUUGAUUCUCGAAAAGGUGACUGCUAGAUCGCUCCUUCUGAAGAGGCUGUGUGGAAGCUGAUUUGAGCAUCAUGGGUUGUCCCAGAACAGGUCAGGGACUCCUGUAGAACGAGACAUCCCAGCGGAAAGCAUGCCUGCAACAACCCACGUUCAAGUGUGUGGCUUCUCUUCCCAAACUUCCAGCUAGAGCAUCUCUGCUUGAACAGAAGAUCUGGACAAAGCCCAGGGCGAAGAUCAACUUCUGUGAGAAGGAGGCUGGGGGACAACCAGACAUUGGAAACGCUCACCAGGACUCUUGGUAGGUCUUCUCCACCCCAUUCCAUUUAAUGCUUGGUGUUGGCCAAUUGUGUAGAAGUGCAGCACUGCUGGAUCAAAGCCCAUCAAAUCCAGCAGAAGUCAGCCAGAUCCGCAAAGAAGCCUACACAGAUUCUUUUGAGAAGCCUACAUUAGCAACAACUUUCUCUGUUCUGAAGGUGUUCUGGGGCAGACAAGAGCAGGGGGAUUUUUUUGAAAAGAGAUUUUUCAGUGGCUGGAAGCCCUGUUUGAUCCCUUCAAUAAUGUCUGACCAGGAGAUGGAUGACUAUGACAUGGACAGCCUGUCUGACACAUCGCGAAUGAUCAAGGGACUUCCGCCUUACAACAUGGAUGAUCAGCUGCUGCCCAUGGAGCGCCGUAGCACCUGCGGCUGCUGGGCCUGGACAUGCCUGGUGGCAGCAAUGAACUCUUUGGCCUUCCUCUUGAACUUCCUCUUGAUGGCCGCCAUCUUUGCCAUUGUGCUCCUGCCCACCAUUGUGGUGGUCUACUUUGGGUUCCAGUGCCAUUCCCGGGUGUUCCACUCCACAGCCUCCUACUGCAAGACCAUCUUGGACGACAACAGCUCCUCCGCCCUGAUCAUCCUCGGCUUCGUCAUCAUGUCUCCGCUCAUCGUGGUGGCUAUGGCCAUCUACUGCGGCCUGGUCAGGCGUCUCCGCCUCUUCCUGUGCUUCCAGCCCUGGGCCCGGGCCACGUACAAGGGUGUGAAGUGGCGGUGGUACGAAGACGGGGGGCUGUGCGGCUGCGCCAAGGAGUGGAGCAGCCAAGUCAAGGCCUGGGUUUAAGCGCUUCCCGCUCCUUGGUCUGCCUGCCAGCACACCCCUCUCUCCGGUCCUCCAAAUCUCAUUUUCCCCAUAAGGGCACCAUGAAGAAGCAGGCAACGGCUAAACCCAUCUAGAGGAAACUUCCAUGGCUUCUUCUCCUUCCACCAGGGGGCGCUGGGCCUCCCAUUGAUUCUGGAACUUUCCGUGAGAUGGAGCAUCUUGCUUUCAGCAUGAACUCUGAGGUUCAUCUUAGGGCGUGAGUGUGGGGGACAUUUUCAACCAUUUCUUCUGCCAAGCAACCUUCUGGGGUGGGCGGAGCAACAAAUGGGCGGAGCAACAAAUGCAAAUUUUACCUUUGGAAAGCGGCCUACACACACACCUCCAUCCAGGGAAGCAAGAAUCAGAAUUCAAGGACACAUUCCAGGCCCGGCAAGAACAUUUGAGGAGCAUGCAAGGCUCAGUUGGUGCAGUGUGUAUGGCAGUGUGUAUCAAGGGCCAGAUAGAGAAGCCCAAAGGGCCACAUGCUGACCUUGGUCCUGACCUUGGUUCUCCACUAUCACCUUAGGGUAGUUACCACUCUCUUCACUUCAGCCCCCCCAUGCAAGGGUAACAACAUACCCUCCAACAUUCCUCAGAUGAAAAUAGGGACAUUCUA